AUGAUUCUGAUUUUCCUGUCCACCGUGGGACUUUGGUUUCUGUUUCAAUAUCUUAAAAUCGCGUUCCAGAGUAGAUAUGCGCGCAAGAUUCCCACAAUCCGACCCGUCUACCCACUAGUUGGCCACAUCCCAAUCUUCUGGGGAAAGAACACCCGGAAGGCGUUCUGGCUGUACAAGCAGUUUGCUUCCCGCGUCGAUCGGCUGGGCAAAAUAAUGGCAGGCCCGAUGCCGGUGAUCGUGAUCAACCAUCCCGACCUGAUGCAGGACAUUCUGACGCGGCACGACCUGUACGACAAGCCGUUCUUCUACGACUUUUACGGGCUGGGAUCGGGACUGAUCACCGAGCGGUCCGGGGAGAAGUGGCGCUACCUGCGGCGAAUUCUGAACCCCACGUUCAACACGCGCAUGCUGAACAACUUCAUUCCGAUCAUGGACUCGCGGACGCAGAGGAUGGUGUCCAGAAUGGCAACGCUGGCGAACGGUCGAACCGACGUCGAUCUGCUCGAGUACGUUGGAGCCUGUUCGCUGGAGAUCGUGUUCUGCACAACGAUGGGCCGGAACGCCGAUGAGCUGCGCGGGCAGCCCGAGUACAUGGAGUGUAUUAAAGUUGUAAUGGAAAUGGUUGGCAGACGUAUUAUGAACGCAAACUACAUGGUGAACGCUCUGUACAGACUGACAGGCGCGUACAAGGUGGAACAGAAGGCCCGUGAAGUGUGCAAAAGGUUUACGAAACAGAUAAUCUACAGCAGAAGGGACGAGCUCGAUAAGGAACAAAAAGUGACCGUUAAAGAUGAUGAGUUCCACAGACGUUCGUUGAACUUUCUCGAUCAAAUUUUGAUGAUCAGGAAGGACGAUGGAACGGGGUUCACAGACCAGGAAGUUUACUACCACCUUGAAACUAUUAUAUCGGCGGCAAGUGACACCACGGCCCUUACCGUAGCGAACACAUUACUCUUCCUAGCGAUGUAUCCGCACAUCCAGGACAAGGUCGUUUCCGAGUUGAACGAGGUGUUCUUCUCGGAUGCCAUCGAGCUCAACCAGGACACCCUAAGUCAGCUCCGCUACACCGAACAGGUCAUCAAGGAGUCCCUCCGACUGUGCCCCUCAGCGCCAGUUGAAGCUCGGCAAACCUCUUGCGAGAUCACCUUGGACGGAGUUCGCAUCCCAAAGGAUCAAAUCUUGGUCGCCAACUUCUACACCCUACAUCGCCGACCCGACUUCUGGGGACCCGACCCGGAACGAUUCGAUCCGGAUCGGUUCACGCCGGAAGCCGUCCAGCAGCGACAUCCAUACGCGUACCUACCGUUCAGUGGAGGUCUGCGCAACUGCAUUGGAUCACGGCACGCCAUGCACACUUCGAAGAUCAUGCUGACGCGCAUUUUGCAGAAUUUUGAGGUUCGAACCGACAUGAAGCAAACGGAGAUGCGGUUCAAGUUUGAAAUAACGCUAAAACUGGUUGGGCCUCAUCGAGUUCGAUUAGUAAGGCGCGGUCAGAAGUUGUAA